GUCCGCUAAUCUCGCCCAAACGCCCCCGGAAGUUUCCCGUUUCACCUUCUUCCGUUUUUCCUCCCAUUUCCCACGGAGGAGAGAGAGGGCGCAGUACCAGUAGCAGGCAGCCUCCAGCUCCACCAAACCAGCAGAGCUCUCUCUCUCUCUCUCUAGUCCUCUCCUCCUCCACUCCGCUCCCUCCCUCCCCCACAGCGCGGCAGGGCGCACGUUAUCGGAUUCGGGCGCGCGCGGCCGAGAUCCGCAGCACGCCGCCGCCGCCGCCGCCGCCGCGCGAUCUCGUCGCCGCGGGGAGCUGCAUUGCGCGGCUCGCCGCCUCCCCGGCGUUUCCUGGGGGUGGCUCUGGCGGAGGGGCGGGGGACGGGUCUCGUCCGCGAUCCACCAGAUCCGACCUCGCCGGCGGCGGCGGCGGCGCCAUGGAGCCCGACGCGCCGCUCGACUACGCGCUCUUCCAGCUCUCCCCCCGCCGCUCCAGGUGCGAGCUCGUGGUGUCCGGCAGCGGGCGGACGGAGAAGAUCGCGUCGGGGUCGGUGAAGCCGUUCGUGACGCACCUGCGCACCGCGGAGGAGCAGGCGGCGGCCCAGCCGCCGCAGCCGGCCAUCCGGCUGCAGCUGGACCGCCGCGCCGCGUGGUUCAGCAAGGGCACCCUCGAGAGGUUCGUGCGCUUUGUGAGCACACCCGAGGUGCUGGAGAUGGCGAAUACCUUCGAUGCAGAAAUGUCGCAGCUAGAAGGGGCUAGGAAGAUUUACGCCGCACAGGGAACUCCUGUAGGUGCUACCUCGGGUGCAGCUGCUGAAGCCUCAGCAGCAGCUGCAGACAUUACAAAGAAAGAGCUUCUUAGAGCAAUUGAUGUCCGUUUAAGUGCACUUAAACAAGACCUUAUCACGUCUUGUGCCCGGGCUUCAUCCGCAGGGUUCAACCAUGACAGUGUCUCUGAGCUUCUUCAUUUCACGGACCACUUUGGUGCCAGCAGGCUGAGCGAAGCAUGCAACAAAUACAUGUCACUUUGCCAGCGUCGUCCAGACAUCAAUCCUCAGCAUGCAUCCCCAGCACCUUCAUCACACUGGAAGAGCUUCGAAGAUGGGGAUCUUCGUGACUCCUGCAGUUCAGACAUGUCUAUAGAUGAGCCACAGGCUGAUCACGGUGGAUCCAGCAAUAGAUCUACAGGUUGGGGUAGUGUCCCGCAUACUGAUAGGUUAAGCAACAGCCAACAUUCAAUUGAUGUUCCAUCAGGAUCGAGCGCUGAACAGCAAUCUAAGCCAACCACCCAGCAGACAGUAGAUAAACAAGAAAACGAAACUGAAACUCCUCCUGCUCCUGCUAAAGAGCUUUCGAGGCGUUUGAGUGUGCAAGAUAGAAUAAGCAUGUUUGAGAAUAAGCAAAAGGAGCAAACUUCAACUUCUGGUAACAGCAACUCUUCAGGUACGGCUAAGGUGGUUCCAGUGAAAGGUGAGCACCGCAGGGUGCCUUCUGUUGCGUCCAUGGACAAGUUGGUAAGGAGAUGGAGCAGUGUAAGUGACAUGAGCAUUGAUCUGGGUAACAAUGAUAUCAGUGGCUGUAAUGACAAAAGUGAAAAUGGAACUCCAGCUGGGACACCAACAUCUUCCAAUCUGGAGGCCAGUUCAAAAGCAAGAGCUGAUAAGGAUGCUAGUGGGGUGAAGAAUCCAGAUACAUCUCAAUCUUGGUCACGUCAAAAGGAUGGUGACAAGCCCAAGGAUUCUACCACUACAAAUGCUUCUUCAUCCUCAACCUUUAAUACUACAUCUCCACCCUCAUUAUCAGCCGUUGUUACCGAGGCUCCUGAAAAGCAGACUAGGUCUUGUUCAGGAGAUGACAUGGCUAUAGCCUCUAGUACUGAGAGUGAGUUAUCCUUUGACAAGGAGCAGGGUGUUAACCAAGGACAAGGUGGCACAAGGUUGUCAGAGCAUGUUGCUUCAAAUGUUUCCACUGAAAACCGACAAAAAACAUCUUCAAGGCCAGCUGAGGAAGCUUUCCCGAAACAUUAUGAUGCUUUAACUAGUCCAUCAUCAGAGGAUCAUGUCCAGAUAGAUAAGGAAUUAACUCCUGUUGCUCAUGAAGUACCAGUUGCAAGUGAACAGAUAGGACGUAAAGAUAAUAGAGGUUCUCGCCUUCGUUCAAAGGAGAUGCAUGCUGCAGCAGACGCAGUUGUGAAGAAGGAUCGAUCCUUUCGAACAGUUGGGAAAACGUCAAGUGUUGUCGAUCUCAAAUCAAAAGCCACAUCGAAUUCUCGCACUAAUGUUAGGGGUUCAUCUGGUAGGGACGAAGCUGGUUCUACAGAAUCUGAAGUUCAUGAUGCUAGCUCACGGCGGAAAAGUCUACCACGGAAGGUAGAGGAUGUGCGGAGAAAGGUUGCAGUUGGGUCUGAAAUACUGCCUCAAUCGGAUUAUUCUAGUCGCCAGGGAUCAAAUUUGAGCAGACAAUCAUCUAAUGCCGAGCAGGAAUUGAGUUCGCUGGGAGGAAAAGUUAAAUCAGUAAAUGAUGCAAAUGCUAUUCCAUUGGAGCAGACUAGGGUGACGAAACCGGCAAAGGGGAAUCAAGAUCGGCAUGAUGAACUGCAAAUGAAGGCCAAUGAGUUGGAGAAACUAUUUGCUGCACACAAGCUAACAACUUCCAGGAGAGGGAAGUCUACGGAUGCACAGGUUGAUGACACACCUAGGUUAAGUGAGGUAAAGCCUACACAGGUUCUUCCAGAGAAGAUUUGUAUGAAGCAAACUGUGACGGAGAGUAACAACUUUGAUUGCAAUGAACUUCUGAAGAUGGUGGACAACGAAGGGCAUAACAACAGCACACCAGAAAAACAUGGGAUGCUUAGCUUAGAAGAUUCACGGGGAAAGUUUUAUGAUCAAUAUAUGCAGAAGAGGGAUGCAAAACUAAAGGAGGAUUGGAAGCUGCAGAAAGAAGAAAAGGAAGCAAUAUUAAAGGCAAUGCAUGAAAGUCUAGAAAGGAGCAAGGCUGAGAUGCAGGCCAAAUUCUCUCGAUCUGCUUUGCAAUCAGUUUCACGAAAUAAGGAUCAGGGGACAGAUUCUUUCCUGGUAGAAGACGAAAUAAACAGUGACUACCUAUCUGGUGAUUGUUCUUCCAGGAGUGCUGAUUCCAGGAAGCAUUUUUCAAACAAAGUAGCUUACACACAAAAGAAAUCCAUUGCUCCCAUCCAUAGCCAUAAGCAUUCGUCAAGAACUGUAAGAUCCAGUUAUGCAAAUCGCAGGAACCCACCAGAAAAUCCUCUUGCACAGUCAGUUCCCAAUUUCUCCGACUUCAGAAAGGAAAAUACAAAGCCAUCAGCUGGUCAUAGCAGAGCUACUGCAAGGGCUCAGCCAAAAAGUUUUUCCCGUAGUAAAAGCAUAAUUGAAGAGUCAAAGAGUAUUUUGAAUCAAGACCAAUCAAGGGGAUCACAGUCGAUGAGGAAAAACUUAAAUGCUACUGAAUUAAGGGACACUUCAUCAGUGAACUACAACUGGGCUCCCUCAGGAAUUUCUAGUAACACCCAUAAAUCUGGCGUGCCGAAGUCUUUUGUUAGGAAAGGCAAUGGGGCUCACCCUGUUGUCGGUAUAACCGGAUUUCGACAACCAAUGUUUGCAAGUGUCUUACAGGAUGAUGAUGAUGAUUUUCCAGAUCAACAAGAGGAUUCCCCUGAUGAAGCCAAAGAUGAAGAAUAUGAAAGCAUUGAAGAGAAUCUUAGGGAAAGUGAUUUUCCUGCUGAUUCAGACAGUGAGACUCCAAAACUAAGUCAGGAUUUUGGAAAUUCAGAUGAUCCAGGAUCAGAAAAUGGUGAUGUUUCUUUUCCAACGGAAGCAUCCAAUACCAAGUUCAAUGCUUUAGCAGCAAACAUGCACGAUUUACCUGGUGAAUUACCAGCCCCCUGGAGCUCGCGAAAUCCACACCUAUUGCCUUAUGCAAAUGAUACCUCGGAUGGUGAUGCUUUUGUCGAUUCACCAACCGGCAGUCCAUCACCGUGGAACUCUCAUUCGCUGGAUCAAAUAACAGAUGCUGAUGUUUCCCGGAUGAGAAAAAAGUGGGGCAGUGCUCAGUUGCCUUUUGGUGGUGCCAAUGCAUCUCAACAGCCACGUAAAGAUGUCCCCAAAGGGUUUAAGAAGCUGCUGAAAUUUGGGAGGAAGAAUAGGGGUGGUGAUGGUUUAGUAAAUGACUGGGUUUCUGCUUCAACUGCCUCAGAAUGUGACGAUGAUAUGGAAGACGGCCGGGAUCUAGCAAUAGGAUCCUCUGAUGAUUUCAGAAAGUCAAGAAUGGGCUAUCUUUCUUCAUAUGAUGGUUUUGUUGAGAGUGAGGUUUUCACUGAACAAGAACAAUCGCUGCGCAGCUCCAUUCCAAACCCCCCUGCAAAUUUUAGACUGAGGGAGGACCAACUGACUGGUAGCUCAAUUAAAGCACCACGUUCGUUCUUCUCCCUGUCGACAUUCCGGAGCAAAGGAGGCGAUGCUAGGCUGAGGUGACCCUCAAGCACCAGAGCUGGAUUGUAUAAAAUUUCUUCUGGAACUAGGUAAAGAUAUCAAAUUUUCAUGGAUGGUACGCGGCACUGCUAGCUUUUCAUAUAUAAAUACAUAUCCUGUAUCUAUGAUAAUUCUUAUAAGCUGCCAGUUAAGCGUUUCCACUGUUGUUGUUUGCUAAUUCUUUUUCUUUAUCUUUUUUUUCAUCUCUUGUGUAGAGUUGGACUUCUAGAUUUUUUGCAAUUUUUCCACUUUGCCCAGAGACACUGUAUUAUUUUUAUUAUUUUUGUGAUAUGCUUGUAUCUCCCACUCCAUUUGUUUCGCCGUUCACACAUAUAUAUCACAAAUCCAUUUCAAGGC